AUGGGUAAAAAGCAAGAGCAAGUCUUCAUUGAACCAAACACAAUUUUUGGCCCAGCAGAGAUCCUUGAAUGGUGUGCAACCAGCAAACCAAGUAAACAGGUAAAGGCAGUUGAAAGCCCAAUCCCAUUUAAAGAUAACUUUAAGCUUUUCGACAUAUCAUUUAAUUUGCAGGGCCGCAGCUUCGAAGAAGAUGCACUAUACACUAAAGAACUGUUUUUGAGAAAUAACAUUAGAAGAGGAAACUCUGUUUUGAUCCAGCUAAAAGACAAAAAAGAUGAAAUUGAGGCUGAUACGCCAUCAAUGAUAAUGAAUUAUACCUACUCAAAUGCCUGGUUCGUAAGAAGAGGCAUGCAGAAAUUUUUUGAUUUGUACCCAGAGUUUACUUUUCAAAACAACACAAAAAACCUGAACACACUUGGAAGCUUUGCUGGGAAUUUUCCAAUAAGAUAUAACAGUCAAGAUUCCCAAAAAGAGCUAUUAAGGAAAAUUAUAUUUUAUGAUGCUGAAGAGGCUAUUAUAAGAGAAGGAGCAUCAGUUGAAGUAUAUAAAACAAAUAAGGCAAAUGGAGAGAAUGCGCAGGUAUCAUAUGCUAGACCACUUGAUGCCUGGAUAAUUUCAUCAAAAAAUGUCAGCAUAGCCGCAAGAAGUCAAGAAGAUUUUGAUUUAUUGAAUCUAGAAAGAUUUAAUUUUGCAAAACUAAUUGGAGUCGAGUGGUUUAAGCACAUCAGCACUUUAAGCAGAGAUCUAAUAGAAGAUUUAAAAAGGGACUUAGAUGGAUUUACCUUUGUGGGUGAAUACGUAGGCAAUAAAGAAUAUCAGCAUUUAGUAAAAUACAAUGAAACUACCAUAUUGUUUUUUUCCUAUGUCGAUAACAACUCUCCAUACUCCUUUAUGCCACCAUUAAAAGCAUUUUCAUUGUUCGAAAAAUAUCAUCUAAAUCGAGUAAAAGUGGAAUACAUUGGGAACAUGAGGACACUUGAUGAAUUAUAUAGAAACUUAGGCAAUUUAUAUAAUAAAAUAUCAUCAGAAGCCUUAAUAGAUGAAGGGGAAGGAAGCGUUAUUUAUCUUCUCAAAAAUCAAACUCCUGAUAGCUCAGUAUUAUAUGCUGCAAACUCUACAAUUUUUGGCAAUCAACCUAGUAAUUUUACAGAAGAAGAGCUUUCGCAAGCAAUUUUAAGCCAAAUUGCUCUAUCUGCAUCAAAAAUGAAAACUCUUGAAUACAGGAUCUUCAGAAAGCUGAGAGAAAAAAUAAAAAAUAUGGUUUCAGAGAAGAAAAAAGUUUCUGCAAAAACAAGCUUAAGUAAAUUUAUAAAUGAGACUCAAGAAUUAGCAGGGGAAAUUGAGCUACCGAAGCCUUUAGAUUAUUAUUUCAAAAUAGCUGAAGUCGCUUUUGCUUUUGUUGAAAAACAAAAAGCAUUAGGAAAAAAAUUUAAAGAAGGAUAUAUUGAUUUUCUUGAUAUGAUAAUCGAUAGAGUCAAUGCUGGCAAAAAUCCUGAAAUCCGUGACGAGGAAAUUAAUAAUGAGCAAUUUAUCACAGAGCUAAAUCCCCUUAUCGUUAAUAUUAUCACUCCACCUUUUGUGCUAGAUAAAUCUGAAAAGGAUACAAUAUGCGAGGCUUUAAAACCCAAAAACAUUGAGAAAAAUUGAAACAAAAGAAUGACAAUAAAAGAAGGCUUGACAGUUUGCUUUCCUCUAGGAUUUAGUGCUGUAGAAGAUCCUGUCCCAAGCAAUACUCUUUUUGCUUUUUAUAGGACUACAGAUGACGGAUACCAAAAAUCUGAAGAAAUUAUAGCAGAAUGCAAGAGAGAAAAAAAUAAAGCAAUGCCUGAUGGUAUGGCUGGGUAUUUAAAAAUUGAUCAUCAUAAAAAGCUGAAAGAAUUUCAAAAUAAAGCCACAGCUUCUCGACUGUUAAUUGAAGAACAUAAAUAAAAUGGCAUUCGAUUCGAGAGAAAUUAGCUCUGCUAAUUUUCUCUCCCUCAUGGAAUUUUAUUUAUGGGGUUGGGUUUUCUUUCGAGAACUUCUGCACAGCAACAGCCGUUUAACUUUGGGGAUAAUCACAGGAACAGCUCCUCAGUGCGUUCAAGAUUUUCGGAGUUUUACCUCUUAGCACAUCACCAAGGGGGAGGAUGACCCUCAGGCGAAACACGCGCAGGAGCUGAAUCGAGACAAGGGGCGACGGCAACGCGCCGGGUGAGAUGUGCGGCGAAGUGUAGGUGAAGGCUUUGCCGGUGGGCUAGCCAUCGCGAUUCCAAGAUGGCCCGGCGACGUCAUCAAUUUUCGCUAUAACUCCAUUUUUAUGGGGUGAGGCACUAGACACCUUAAACACCAGAUAUUAAGUUAAGUUAAGUUAAUUGAAGAACAAAGCAGAGAUUUCGUGUUAGAAGGGUUUGAUAUUGAUCUAUCUGAGUUUAUUUUAGCUUUAAAAAUGAAAAUUGAUUUGCUGAGAAAUAGAGUUCCAGAAGAAACAAAAUCAGUUGAAUCUACUUUAUCCAUUGAUGUUGAAUCCAAUAAAAUUUUUGUAAUUGUUCCUAUGGGUAUCCCAGCUAUGGGAAAAUCAUUCAUAAUCAAAUCAUUCAAAUCAGCUGUAGAAAAGCACGAAGGGGUUACUUUUUCCGUUAUAUCAUCAGAUAAAAUAAGAGAGAGUGAAUUAGGGAGGAUUAAAAUGGGGUUAAUUUCAGCCCCUGAUCCAGUCUAGCUUCAGAUUCACGCUUUUGUGGCGCUGAGCACUGAAGUCACCUACAGCCCUUUUCUGUCGAAGUCACUAUUUUCGUGACGUCGACAUCUUUCGGGGAGACUCACCCGCACACCUGCUUUGGCCAAAAUUUCCGGCAAAGGACUCUCUUAACACCUAGUAGUGCUCAGGGUACUUGGAAAUUGUCCAAAGCUUCCUUCUAACUACUUCUGCCAUUUGCAGGCAGCAUAAUGCUCCUCCAGAAGUUAUCGAUUGGUGUUGCGCCGUCGGUCUUCUUGUCUUUGGGUUGAGGGGAGACCCAGUCAGCCCAAGUUCACACCCUUGCCACCCUGGCCCUGUGGGCCCUCAGGGCCACCUUUUCUAUUCGGAAGCCCCAAGUUUUUUUUUGUUGCUGUCUCUCUAAGCAACUACUGCACAAUUGCCUAAAUGGCAAUUUUAAAAAUAAGAGAAGAAUGCAUGAAAGAGUAUAUGGAGAGCUCAAAAAAUUGGGAUAAAGAUAACGCUUUUGAAAAAACCAAUAAAACUGCAAGAAAAAAAUUUGCCAAAGACAUAUCAAAAGAAAUGGAAACAAAAUCCAAAUGCCAUGUCAUAUUUCUUGACAAAAACCACCCUCCUAAUUCUAUUGAAAGAACCUUUGGUGAUAUUAAUAAAAAUGCACCUAAAAAAACCCAAAUUCGAGUCAUAGCUCUUGUUCCUGAAUGCAGCACUCCAUUUGUAAUAAAUGAUAACAAAAGAGACCAAACUCUUACAUAUGAACUCUCUUUAUCAUUUCUAAUACAAUGUCUAGUCAGGGUAAGAAACAGAACCGAGCAUGAAACUUUAACUGGAAGUCUUUCAAAAAGAGUUGCAGUGGUUUUAAUGAUGUAUAACAUGUAUAGAGAUGUUAGGUUUGACGAUUAUUUGAAUAAUGGAUUCCAUUAUAUUAUGAGAUUACCAUUUACUGAAGAAAAUGCUUUUGAAGUCGAUGAAAAUAUGAGGUUUGUUGUAUCAAAAACUUUGACAGCUUCAAGGCCUGGAAGUUUACCAAAUGAAAAUAUAAUUAGAGAUCUAGUAGAAUUAAUUGAACAAUAUGCUGAUAGGUUACCAAGAGUAGACCCAGUUCCUAAAAUUACUUCAGAAAUAGGAAAAUUUUUUGAUUUUAUAAAGAAAGGAAAUUCAGGGUUUGAAGAAGAAACUAAAGAGCCUACAAGAAGAAAUGAGGAAGUUGUUAGAGCCAAAGUAGAAAGUACUAGGAGUGCAGAAGAAAUCAAGCAAAGCUCAAAAAAAGGUAGGCCAGAGCCUAAAAAUCAUAAGCUUCCAAUUUAUAUUGGAAUUGAUGCUGAUGCAUGGUUUAAGCCGUUAUUAGUUCCAAUAGUUCUUUCUUGCUUGGGAGAAUUUGCAGAUACUUAUGAAAAUAAGGACAUUGUAAAAGAUUUGCAAGAUAUCCGAAAUGCUGCCAUCCUAGGAAUUGAUCCAGAGCAUUUUUCAGAAACUUGGAAAAUUGUUAAUGAUCUACAUAUAACUACUCUUUUCUUAGGUGGGAAUAGUAAGCUAUCAAAAUCAGUGGAAUAUAUGGAGUUCGAGCAAAACAAAGAGAUAGAAUUUGCUCUUACGCACAUAGUAUAUGUUCCAAGACAUAUUAUAUGCGCUUCAGCUAACAAAUUUAAUCGACACAUAAAAAUAGCGAAUAAAUGUCCGCACAUGAGUUUAUUGACUGGAAAAUGGACUGCAAAAUACAGCAAUGACGUUUUAUCAUCCAUUCCACUUGAAUCUGGAAUAAACAGGUAUCAAAUUCCAUCCAAGCAAGGUCAAUUAGAAGCAUAUUCCAUAUCAUUAUCUCCUAAAAUAAUGGUCAAAGGAAUAACCAAGAAUUAUUAUAAUUAA